GCAGGCGCAACAAGCGCCCUGCGGCCGGGUCCGCUGCGGUCUCGCAGAGACUGAGCUGCGGGAGGGCAGGAGAGCAGUGACCGGAAGAAGCCGCUCGAACAUCUACAUUUUCACUUCUGUGCCUGGUAGAGUUUUGAUUCAUCAUGGAUAAUCUGUCACCAGAAGAAAUUCAGCUGAGGGCUCACCAAAUUACUGAUGAGUCUCUGGAAAGUACGAGGAGAAUCCUGGGUUUAGCCAUUGAGUCUCAGGAUGCAGGAAUCAAGACCAUCACUCUACUGGAUGAGCAGGGGGAACAAUUAAACCGCAUAGAAGAAGGCAUGGACCAAAUAAAUAAAGACAUGAGAGAGGCCGAGAAGACUUUGACAGAACUCAACAAGUGCUGUGGACUCUGCGUAUGCCCUUGUAAUCGAACAAAGAACUUUGAGUCUGGAAAGGCCUAUAAGGCAACGUGGGGAGAUGGUGGAGGCAAUUCACCUAACAGUGUUGUUUCGAAGCAACCAGGCCGAGUAACCAAUGGUCAACCUCAGCAGACCUCCACAGGAGCAGCUAGCGGUGGAUACAUUAAACGCAUAACUAAUGAUGCUAAAGAAGAUGAGAUGGAAGAAAACCUGACUCAAGUGGGCAGUAUCCUUGGAAAUCUAAAGAACAUGGCUCUGGAUAUGGGCAAUGAAAUUGAUGCUCAAAAUCAACAAAUACAGCGGAUCACAGAAAAGGCGGACACCAACAAAGAUCGUAUCGACAUUGCCAAUACAAGAGCAAAGAAACUCAUUGACAGCUAAAGCUUCUGCUGUACUGGUUUUCCAGUUCUUCAGUUUUCUAGCUUCUCUUCCUGUCGUCAACUUUUCAGAGUCUGAAAUUUUGUUCCCACAGUCUUCUAAUGGAAGACAGUGUGAAAGAAGCACCAGAGGAGUAACAGGCUCCGACCCUUUUUAUUUUCUGUGUCUUUUGAGGGUAGACUACUGCUCAGCUGUCGUUAGACUAUUUUCUUUCUCGUCAUGCGCUCUUCGACUGCUACUGUACAUCUGCACAGUGUCUUCAUCCUCUUCACUUCAGUAGGUUCUUUUGCUCUGGAGAUUUGGAGGCAUUGCCAAAGAUAGCCACAAGAAAGGCAGCUUUGGGAGUGGCUUUCUGAUUAGUUUGGUAAAGGACAAGAAUAAGGAGUGAGAUGGUUAUCACCUCAGCAAAAUUCCACUCCCCCACCCCAACACAAAGUUACAUGGCCACAAUAAUGAUCUAGUUGGGUUAUUUUAUUUUAUUUUUAUUUUGAGGUCAGGUCUCACUCUAGCCUAAGUUGACCUGGAAUUCCCUAUGUAGUCUCAGGCUGGCCUCUAACUCACGGCGAUCCUUCUACCUCGGCCUCCUGAGUUCUGGAAUUAAAGGCAUGCAUCACCACACCCAGCUAUUUUUUACAUUAAGUUACAGUUUUUGUCACAUAAGGCUAAUGUUUUGUUUGUUUUGGAGCUUUUAUACAUAAUAUUUUUUGUGAUACAUUGUUAUUUUACAACCUGUGCUCCAAAGAGAAUAGAAUGGGUUUUCUUAAAGUAAACUUAAUUUCUUAAAUCUCAGUGAUUCAUAUAUAUAUAUAUAUAUAUAUACAUAGAUUCUGUGAUCCUAUUACAUAUUGCACAUUCAGGAACUUUGUACA